AUGAAUAAACUCGACAUGGACGCAUGUCAAAUUUAUGAUCCUGAAGAGUUUGAUGCAUGUAGGUGUGAAGAAAUUUAUUAUAGUAGUAGUUCAAAUGGUGAUAUUAUUAAUCCACAAGCAAUCAGCGAUCUAAUCUUCAAUGCUUUUCAAAAUUUAGAAAUUCAUAAUCCUGUGUGGGCAGAACGAGCUAUUGAAAUACUCAAAACAGUAUAUGAAGAUACAAAUAAUUUUCUUUCUCGAAAAAAUCUAGAUUGUGGUAAUGAAUUUAAGGUUGCAAUUACUAAUCUAAUACGUUGUCUCGAAAUAAGGAAAAAUUUAACCAGUUUUUUCGAUUCAUUGGAUGAUUUAAUAUCAAUAUUACAAGAGCUUGCUGAAGUACUCCCUCAAGAUUAUUGGGAUUUUAUAGAUGCUAUUGAAGGUGUUUUGAUUGGCCUCUUUGAAAUUCCAGAUUAA